AUGGCUGCGCCCCACUCCACCCCAAGCACGUGGCCAGCGGGCGGCCCGCCCGGCGCGGAUGCAGCACGCGAACCUCGCCAGCGCAGAGCUCGCCCAGCGCGGGGUGCGGCACGCCGCGUGGCCGGCGGGCAGUCCGCCCGGCGCAGAUGCAACACGGACCUCGCCAACGUGGGUGUGGCGUGGCGCGUGGCUGGCGGAACCCUCAUCUUCUGCUCCAUUGCCCCCUUAUUACCUGGAGAAGAUGACGAAUCAGGAAGUGGGAAGAUUGAUGAGUUGGCAACCAUUGUCAGAAAAAUGAGAGAGUCUAUCACUCCUAAGGAUAGAUUCUAUAAGAUGAGAAGAUUUAGUAACUGCUUUCUUGGUAGUGAAGCUGUGGAUUUCAUAUCAGAAGAUCAAUAUUUGGAGAGAGAUGAGAUUCCUGUUAUCCAUGUAGGCAGUGGAAUUUGGAAGGAAGCUGGCAAGAAAAUACUUCUUUCCUCAUGUUCUAGAAUGGAAACCACCUAUAUCGUUUCCUGGAUCAUGAUGGGCAUCAUGGAUGUUGCACCGAAGCCCAUUGCUGAAGUGGCAUCAAGACUGAGGUUAUUAUCCUGUGCCAUUUUUGAAGCUUAUGUAUCAGUGGAUGGUAGACAUGUUGACUACAGAAGCAUCCAAGGUUCUGAGGAAUUUAAAAGAAGAAACUUUUUUGGAGAUUUCAAGUAUGUCAUUGGUGGAUGUGCUUAUUCACUGUCAGCGAUCCAAAAUGGCAUUCUACUUGGCAACCAAAGGCCACCAUACAACAUUGCCAAACCUUUCGGGCAGAAAGACCAAAGAUCCAAGGUGGCCCUUCCAUACCAUGAACCUCUUGUUCACUUUGCUUUAGUAUGUGGCACCAAAUCUGGACCUGCACUUAGGUGUUACUCGCCAGGAGAUAUUGAUAAAGAAUUGAUGGAAGCUGCACGUGAUUUCCUAAGGAAUGGAGGACUGAUUGUUGAUCCUGAAGCCAAAAUUGCAUCUGCAAGCAAGAUCUUGAAAUGGUAA